AUGGAGGCAGAAGCGGCGACGGAGGCCGUGAAGAAGCCAGCUGCAGCGAAGAUCAUCAGCAAGGCGCUGACGUCGUCGUCGUGGGCGUUCGAGACGGCGAUGCUGCCGCUGAGCAUGAUUCUGGUGCAGGUGCUCACGAUGGUGACGCUGCUCAUCUGCAAGCUGGCCCUCAACUCCGGCAUGCGCCCCUUCGUCUUCCUCGUCUACCGCAACCUCAUCGCCGCGGCCGCCGUCGCGCCCCUUGCCCUCAUCUUCGAAAGGGAAAUGUUGAAACAGGUGAGCUUGGUUAUAUGGGGUUGGAUUUCCGUUAAUGCUGCACUCGGAAUCGUCCUGGCAAUGGGGCUGUACUACCACGGCCUGCGUGCCACCAGCGCCGCGUACUCAGUCAACUUCCUCAACCUGAUCCCCAUUAUCACCUUCAUCAUCGCCAUCAUGCUCCGGGCCGAGAAGCUGAUGCUCACAAAGUGGCCUGGCAGGAUGAAGCUCUUGGGCACAGUGAUGUGCGUCUGCGGGGCGAUGGUCGCUAGCCUGUUCAAAGGCCGGCGGCUGCACCUCUGGGCUACCCGCCUACUGAGAUCCCAUGCGACGGCAACAAGCCCCGCAGGCCUUCACCACGGCAUGGUCGCCGGCACACUGUUCCUAUGCGGCAGCUGCCUGAGCUAUGCCCUGUGGUUCAUCGUGCAGGCUAGGCUUGCGAAGGUAUUCCCAUCCAAGUACUUGGUGACAACGCUGACGUGCCUGCUGGGAAGCCUGCAGUGUUUUGUGGUCGGCAUCUCGCUCGGCCACAGCAGAGCUGAAUGGAAGCUCAAGUGGGACCUGCAGCUUCUGACCGUCGUCUACUCGGGGGUGUUCAACACGGGCGUCACAUACGUGCUCAUCUCCUGGGUGAUCAGCCGCCGCGGGCCGAUCUACCCCUCCAUGUUCAGCCCGCUGCUGCUGAUCAUAACCACCGCCAUGGACUCGCUGCUGCUUGGCACCAACAUCUACCUGGGGAGCGUUCUAGGGACAAUGCUCAUUUUUGUGGGCCUAUACGCGUUCUUGUGGGGUAAAGGGAAGGAGCUGCAGCUCGCUGAUGUCGCCGCGGCGCAGAAGCCAGCUGCCGGUAGUGAGGAGGAAGCGCAGGAGCAUGGCGGCGAUGACAUGGCCUAGCCUUGGUGCCUUUCUAGCUAGCAAUCGUGGGAGUGCAGACCUGUCGGCGCCCCCACGAUGAACGUAUUGUCAACGGUGAUCGCA